ACUUAAAACCCUAGCCUCCUCAGCCCCGUGUUCCCCUUUCCCUUUCCUUCCCUUCCCCGCCGCUGCUCGCUCGCCGGUGAAGAUCAAGCCGGACCUGCGGUAGCGGAGCUGCUGCUGCGGCAGCGGCUCUGUCGGCGCGCGCGUAUCUCCGACUUACCCCGCGCCUGUGUGGGAUCUGUGGAGGUCGUGGGUACGCGAAGAGGGAGGGAGGGGCCGCCCGACCCCACGGGGGCUGAGGAUCCGGGCAGGCCUCGUCCAGCAGCCUGUGCUCUCUGGGACGGCAGAGCGUGCACCAGCCCUGGUGCAUUGUGUGGCUGUCUGAAAGGUAUUGAGAAGUCUGAAGUUAAUGGUCCUCUAUCAAAACCAGAAAGAUUCUUACCAAGUAUGCCAAGAUCACAAGAGUGAAACAAGGAAGGCAGAUUGUAUAAGACGUGAAUCAGACUGCCGUAGUACAGAUUCUGAGGUUCAGAGAAGUAAACAAAAAACUGAGGUGGCAUCAAAUUCUAUAUUUGAGCACCAGUCACUCUGUAAGAACAUGGCUGAAAUCAUGAACGUUAGCAAGACAAGGCUGUGUGGGAAAAUUUUGAAGAAGCUCAUGGAUCACAAAGGUGGUUGGCUUUUUCAUAAACCAGUUGACCCCGUUCUUUAUGGGAUUCCUGAUUACUUUUAUGUUAUCUGCAAUCCAAUGGACUUGGGCACUGUUAAGAAGAAACUCACAAACAAGCAAUAUGUUACAGCCAGUGAAUUUGCAGCAGAUGUGAGGCUUACAUUCUCAAAUGCAAUGAAGUAUAAUCCUCCAGGAAAUGAUGUCCAUGCAGUUGCUGAACAGUUGAAUAGAAUAUUUGACUCAGAAUGGAGAUCAGUGGUAAGAAAAUGGAGCGGCAGGAACCCAAUACAAGAACAACCACCAAUGAAGGCAGUAAAGGCUCAAGCUGCCAUAAACUUGAAAUCUGCAAUCCCUAGAGGGUCAGCCACAUGCUCAAAUUCACUAGCAAAGGAGCCAUCAAUAAAUGCAAUGUCCUCCAAAGUAAAAAUUAGAUUUUUUGUGCGAGGCUCUGAGAAUACCCCUCUCAAAGCUGGUAGUCAAGAGUGCUCUUUAGAUAAUUCACUCUCUUGCACAAAGGAGGAUAAAAUAUCAAUCACACAAUCGAAUGAGAACAGCAAUUUAUCAAAUGGAAACGAAUCACUGUCUUGCAAUUCUACUUCACCUCCUAUUUCCUCAGAGCAAGGGGAGGAAAGUUAUUUACACAUUGAACCUCUGUCGCCUAGUAAAGCCCUCCGUAUAGCAAUGCUCAAGAGGCGUUUUGCUGGAACAAUCGUGAAGGCACAACAAAAUGCACUUCUGGAUCAUGGUAAGGAAAUAGACCUUGCAAAGUUGCAGUUGGAAAAAGAGAGGCUGGAAAAAAGGCAGCAAGAAGAGAAAGCAAGAAUUGAGGCCCAGGUAAAGGCUGCUGAAGCUGCUGCACAAUUAAAACUAGAGGAAGAGAUGAGGAGGAAGCGCGAGCAGGAAAGAAAGGCUGCACGGCUGGCACUGCACAUGAUGAAGAAGACUGUUGAUAUUGACAACAGCGACUUUCUGAAGGACCUGGAGAACUUGUGCCAAAAGUGGCAAUUGAAUCCUCCAAGCAAACUGAUCGUAGACUUUGUCCAUGGGAUUGAGUUGACACAGGGCCUAGGGAGCCCACUGGAGGCACUUGGGCUAUUCAUGAAGAAAGAUAUUGAGGAAGAGGUCGAACAUGAAAUGGAGGACAGCGUGUCAACCUCCCAGAAUGCUGAUGUCGAGGAAGGAGAGAUCAGCUGCUGUCAGUAGUGUACCUCUCAUUCUAUGAUUAUGUGCGUGCUAUGUAACUAUUCCACCACUGUGCAACCUCAUAAGUGAGAGUAAAAGAAGUGUGACUUCAUGCAUGUUGUCUGCUCUGUCAUCUAACCUAGCUGCACCAGAAUGUCUAGAGUACAAUAAUUGGGCAUUGGCGCAUUGCUGCCGGUUUUGUGGUUGUCAUGUGAUGUGCUAAUGUAUGUUGUAGGUGUUCCAGGUCUAUUGAAACUGGACCUUGUGUAAAAAAAUACAAAAAAAAAGAAUAGUGACAUAUCAAUGUAUAUUUGUAGUUAUAUAUGGUUAGAGAAAGAUGUUUGUCGUU